ACAGAUAUUAUCCAGAUAACUUUACUAAAACAACGUGGUAAUGCAUUCUCUUCAGGCACUUUCCGGGAAACCUGCGCGACUUUCGUCAGGCUGUCGAAGGACCCAAAGAUGUCGAUGCUCGCCGAACCCCGGAGGAAACAGAAGUGGUCUGUGGACCCGAGGAACAGCAGCUGGAGUCAAGAUGAAUCCAAAAUCGGCCAGAAGAUGAUGGAGCGAAUGGGCUGGUCCAAGGGGAAGGGCCUGGGCAGAAGCGAGCAAGGUUCCACCGACAAUAUCAAAGUUAAAGUUAAAAACAACAACUGUGGUCUUGGAACAACUGCCAGCUAUGAGGACAACUGGAUCGCACACCAGGAUGACUUCAACGAGCUUCUUGCUCAACUCAACGACUGCCACGGACAAAACGGCAGCGCUGUAAAUGAACCAUCUAUAGAAACACCGCCACCAGAGGAAGCCAAAGGGUUCAGCUUGGAAGAGAAGUCGAAGACCUCCAAAAAGAGGGUGCAUUACACGAAGUUCACUAAAGGAAAAGACCUGUCCUCCCGUAGUGAAACAGACCUUAACUGCAUCUUUGGGAAAAGAGGAAAACCUGCCACAACACGACAAGAGCAGCAGAGUGACGACAUUGCAGAGUCCACCAAAACUGUGAACAGUACCCUCAACAUGCAGGAGUAUUUUGCGCAGCGAAUGGCUCAGUUGAAAAAGGCUCGUGGACAGGCGCCCUCUACGGAGACCAACGAGACAUCCGGUCCCACUGACGAACCCCGUCCCAUCAUCGUCAUCAACGACGAGAAGCCCAAAAAGAAGAAGAGGAGUAAGAACAAGCGCGAAGAGUUAGACCUGGAGGUGGUAGAAGAGAACAGCACCGCCGUUCCUGUCAUCUUAAUAGAGGACGACACGGGCGAACAGCGGGAACACGGUUCUGGUAAAAAGAAGAAAAAGAGGAAAGUAAAUGAGAACUGUGGCGCCCCCUCUGGUGGAGAGCAGAACUGUGAGGGGCUUCCUCCUUCCAAGAAGAAGAAGAAGCAGAAGAAGAAUCAGCUAGAACAACAGCAUGAGGAAACUGAGCAGCUAAAUGGACACGGGCCCACAGGUGAUCACACAGUAGACUCUGAGGUUGUUCACGAAGAAGAAGAGAAAGAAGAGCUGGUACAAAAGAAAUCGAAAAAGGACAAGAAAAAGAAAAAGAAACAUCAAUAAUAGGGUGGAAUCAAUAGAAUUGUCCUCCAAUGCAUUCAGCUUUAAGGGGACUUGUACUCUUGUGAACAUCGUGGAGACACGUGUACGGAGUAGUUGUCCAACCACAUACCUGGACACGCAUGAUUGGGUCUGAUGCUAAAAUGCCUAGACUUAAGGGAGAAGUUAAAUAUUUUAGAAAAUACUCGUGUUGCCUUCCUCGUUACCCGCCUCCUGUCCUCCCCUCUCUCAUAGGUGGAGAGCAAUGUAGGUGGAGUUAUUGAGGAAACAGCGCUAAAGAAAAGUGUCAAAUCGUGUUCCUCCAGUCGAGCAGUGAGUAGCGUGUGAUCUGAUCAGCUCCAAAGGAAGACUGUGUACAAAGAACACCUCCAGUCACCCUUUCCACUUGUAAAAAUAAUGUGAUGAGGUUGUACAAUAUUUUCUUUGACUUGAGAGAGGACCUUUCAACGAGCCGGCCAGUUGGUAACUUGGUCCAGUUGUCAUAACCGCAUUCCUCGUCACCAUUUUAACAUUCGCUCAUUUUGUCGUCCUAAAAA